GAAGCUCAGCUGAUCCACCUCCCACCGCCAGACACCACUCCUGCCUGCGGUGGUGGCCGACCCCACUUCUCCCUGUUGGGAUGCUCCAGCCCAGGAUGCUUGGCCACCCAUCCCACGGCGAUUGUAAGGCAGGGGACAGGCUCCAGAACCCCUCACUCUUUCUUCUUCUACCCAACUGGUGAGUGGCAACAGGCAGCACGUGAAGACACGGCAUCUCGGUGUGCACCCUGAGGUCUGUGUAGGAUGCAGAGGCAGUCGGGUGAGCCCACGGCCACUUGCUGGGCAAUGGGCACCCUUGGUGGGCUGCUGCUGCUGGGUCGCUCGGCUCUACAGCUCCGGGCUCUCUGGUGGCUCCUCUUCCUCUCUGCCGAUGCACAGGAGGUGGCCACCAUUACGGUGCAGUACCGGCUGUUCGAGGAGGUGCCGGAGGGCACCGUGAUAGGGACGUUGGCUGAGCAUUUUGAGCAUGGAGAAAGUGGUGAAAUGGGGGAGAACUUCCGUCUGCUGCAGAGCCCUGGGAUGUUCCCUCUGCAUGUGGAGAGUGGGGAUGGUGAGCUGAGCACGGCUGGGCGCGUGGACAGGGAGCAGCUGUGCCGGCACAGCGAUCCUUGCUGGGUGUCCUUUGAUGUGCUGGCUGCUGAGCAGCUGGCUCUGAUCCACGUGGAGGUCCAAGUGCUGGACAUCAAUGACCAUGCGCCACGCUUCCCCACUCCUGAGCUGGAGCUGGAGAUGUCAGAGAGUGCAUCGCUGCAGAUGCGCAUCCCGCUGGACCGAGCACUGGAUGCUGACACUGGCCCCAACGCACACUGCUCCUAUGUGCUGUCCCCCAGCGAGCACUUUGCACUGGAAGUUGUCUCCAGCUCUGACGGCACAAAGCACGCUGAGCUCGUGGUGGUUAAAGAAGUGGACAGGGAGCUGCACUCCUUCUUCGACCUGGUGCUGACGGCUGCUGACCACGGGGAGCCACCUCGGUCAGGUACCGCUUUGAUCAAAGUCAUUGUCCUUGAUUCUAAUGACAACAGCCCCGUGUUUGCAGAGAGCUCACUGGUGGUCGAGGUUCGGGAGGAUGCUCUGCCUGGGACACUGCUGGUGAUGGUCACAGCCACCGAUCCCGACCAGGGACCCAAUGGGGAGAUCGAGUACAGCCUCAGCAAGCACGCACCCCCAGAGGUGCUGAGCACCUUUGGCAUCGAUGCCCGCAUGGGCAGCGUGAUCCUGAGGCGCCCACUGGACUACGAGGAGACCCACACCUACGAGCUGGAUGUGCAGGCCAAGGACCUGGGACCUAACUCCAUCCCUGCCCACUGCAAGGUGCUGGUCCGGGUGCUGGAUGCCAAUGACAACGCUCCCGAUGUCCUUGUCACCUGGGCAGCACGGGCACCUGUGCUGUCUGAGGCCGUCCCCAAAGACAGCUUUGUGGCUUUGGUGACAGCCAGCGACCCUGACUCGGGGAACAAUGGGCGCGUGCACUGCUCCCUGAGCCCAGGGGAUGGGCACUUCAGGCUGAAGCAGACCAACAGCCACAGCUACCUGCUGAUGACCAAUGCUGUGCUGGACCGGGAGCUGCGUGCUGAGUACAACCUGACGCUGGUGGCGCGGGACCAGGGCGAGCACUCCCUGGCAGUAUGGAAGCACCUCACCAUCUGCAUCAGCGACGUCAAUGACAACGCUCCUUCCUUUGAGAGGACCUCCUACGAGCGUGCCGUGGAGGAGAAUGGUGAUGUGCCGGCCUUCCUGCUCAAUGUCCGUGCCACCGAUCCUGACCUGGGCUUCAAUGGGAAGGUCACAUACAGCAUCCGGGACUCUGCGGUGUUAGGUCUGGUCUCCAUUGAUCCCACCAGUGGGGACAUCACUGCCCUCCAAGCUUUUGACCAUGAGCAGAUGAGCAGCCUGGAAUUCCUUGUGACUGCAGAGGACGGCGGCCACCCUGUGUUGGCCUCCAAUGUGACUGUUCGGCUGGAGGUACUCGACCGGAAUGACAACGCACCCGUGGUCACUGAGCCACCAUUGGUGGGAGGCAUGGCCAAGCUGUCCGUGCUGGUGAGUGCAGAGACGGGCUGUGUCUGGGUGACCUCUGGCAAUGGGAGUGCCACGGGGACAGUGUUGGCCAACAUGUCAUGCUCUGACACUCCUCUGCUCUUCACCAUAGUGGCCAGAGAUGGAGACUCCGGCCGCAAUGGGGCUCUGCGGUACGACAUUGUGGGUGGGGAUGGUGCGGGGCUCAUGGUGCUGGACCCACUCUCAGGACAGGCCUUCCUCAAUGCCAGCAAUGCCAGUGGGCUGGCUGGCACCCAGCGAGACCUGACCAUCCGCAUCAGUGAUGGCGGGGAUGAACCCCUGCACACCCAGGCCUGCGUACGUUUGCUCUUCCAACGCCAUGGAGCCUUCUCCAAAAUGUCAUCUGGGGGGCUGGGCUGGCUAAGCCCACCUGUGGUGGCCGCCAUCUGCCUGGCUGCUCUCCUGGGCAGCUGCCUGCUCCUUUUGGCCCUCACCCUGUCCCUGCGCAAGAAGGAGAAGAAGGACGGCAUGGCUUACAACUGCCGGGAGGCAGAGGAUGCCCACAGGCAGCAGCAGCUGAAGAAGCCACCCCGGCAGAUCCAGAAGGCUGACAUCCACCUGGUGCCCACACCACGGGGCCGGCCCUGGGGGAAUGAGCCCCAACAGCCCAGCAUGGAGGGCUCCCCGCAGCCUCCCCCACUCCUCACCCCUACUCUCUACCGGACCCUGAGGAACCAGAAGGUCUCCAGGGACUCUGAUGAGGAGCAGGGGAUGUUCACCCUCCCCAUCGUACAGCGCCAGCCCUGCACAUCUCAUAGGCCAAGAAACAGCCCCACAGACGUGGUGGGGAAGCUACCACCUGAGGAUCCCCCGCUGUCAGCCCCGCAGCCCCGGCCGCCCCAGCACAUCCUGCGCAGCCUGGUGAGGCUGUCACUGGUGGCCCUGGCAGAGCAGAGCCCCAAUGGGGAAUUCGCUAUGGAGUCAGCCCCUGUGCAGCAAAUCUCCCAGCUGUUGUCUCUGCUGCACCAGGGCCAGUUCCAGCCCAAAACAAACCAUAGGGGAAACAAGUACACGGCCAAGAAUGGCAGCAGGGUAGUGGGGCAGGAUGCUGACUGCCUGAGCACGAAGGACAGCGGGCACGGAGAGAGCGAGGCUGAGGACCGUGACUCUGAGAGUGGCUUCGAGCUGUCGGUGCAGCAGCUGGUGGGAGAGGAGCUGGAGACUCUGCUGGAGCCACAGGCAGAGCUGGCCCUCAAGAGGCUGACGGCUGACCCAGCGUGGGUGGCACGGCUCUCCCUGCCACCCACUGGCAAUUACAAGGACAACGUCUUCUCUCCUGGCUCCCUGCACUCACCACAGGACGAGGAAGCUGUGGGGCAGGAGAAACCACGGACCUUUGAGACCUUUGGGAAAGGCACCGGAUCUGACUCAAACGCUGCUGGGACGAGACUGGCUAGUACCUUCCUCUCAGAAAUGAGCACCCUCUUUGAAAUGAUUCUGUCCCAGAAGGUCCAAGCGCACAACGAAACAGGCUCAGGGCUUCUGCGGCAGCUGUCAGCACGUGGGAAGAGCCUUGGACUGGAUGACAGUGCUCCUGUUCUGUAGGAAGCUUGGCAGCAGCUGCUCUAGUAACCGCAGUGGUGAGGCUCCAAACCCUGCUGCUCCAGUGGACUCGCCCUGUUUCCUAGGGCAUGGCUCCAUUCUGUGCUGCUGAGUGUCAUCAUGU